CGCCAAGGGGAUCCCGCCGCCUCCAGGGAUCGCUAGUUGCACUAGGAAUGUCUGGUGUAACACAACACAGUGUGUGUGCCUGUGUGUGUGUGUGUGUGCGCGCGCGCGCCUUCGGCAUCCUAGGCUAGGUCACCAGACGCUCUUUUUGACAGCCAUUAAAACCAGCCCUUUGACAUCCCCCCCCCCUCCGAAAGAAGCAGCCACCCCUUUGCCCGUUUUAAGCCUCGACUGCAUUCACACACUUCGUUAAACUCUUGAGUUCGGGGGUCAUAAAACUCUCUUCCGCCGUUCUCUGAAUUUGUGCCCAAGCCAACCAACCGUCUGGCCUCCCCGCGACCCUCCGACUCGGAAGCCGCCUCGCUUUCUUUGGAUCGGGGGGGGGGCUAGCGCGGGGCGAACCUUUGCGCCCUUCUUUUGCUUUCCAGCAGCGUUGGCGGGGAGGGGGCGAGGGGGGGCUAAGACUGGCAGCAACGCCCCCUCCCAGCAGGAGGAACCCAAACCCCAAUCGCGGAAGGUGACCGUCCCGCGCCUGUCCUUGGCCGGCGUCUUCUGGCCAGGCGGGACGGCCCCAGAAAUCCGAUCCUCCGGAAAGUCACGAACAGGAGCCCCGCUUUCCACGCGCCAGACUGACACCCGUGGCCGGGUCUCCCCCUUUCCUUUCCCGCACGGCUUCGCCUUUUGGACACCCCGCGCGUCCGUGGCCCCGGGUUCCAGUCCUCGCGGCGGGAGAGGUACGGCAACGUCUUCAAGACCCACCUGCUGGGCCGGCCGCUGAUCCGCGUGACGGGCGCCGAGAACGUGCGCAAGAUCCUGAUGGGCGAGCACAGCCUGGUCAGCACCGAGUGGCCGCGCAGCACCCGCCUGCUCCUGGGCCCCAACACCGUGGCCAACUCCAUCGGAGACGUCCACCGGCACAAGCGGAAGGUGUUCUCAAAAAUAUUCAACCACGAAGCUUUGGAAAGUUACCUGCCCAAAAUUCAGCUGGUGAUCCAAGACACCCUGAGAGUCUGGGGCAGGAACCCCGAGCCCAUCAACGUCUACCACGAAGCCCAGAAGCUCACGUUCCACAUGGCCAUUCGUGUCCUUCUGGGAUUCCAGAUCCCGGAUGAGGACCUCAGCCAGAUGUUUGAAGUCUACCAGCAAUUUGUGGAGAAUGUCUUCUCCUUACCUGUGGACCUGCCCUUCAGUGGCUACCGUAAGGGGAUUCGUGCGAGGGAGAUUUUGCAGAAAGGCUUAGAAAAAGCCAUCCGGGAAAAGCUGCAGAAUUCCCAAGGGAAGGACUACCUGGACGCCCUGGACCUGCUGAUAGAGAGCGGAAAAGAACACGGCAAGGAGCUCACUAUGCAGGAGCUGAAGGAUGGCACCCUGGAGCUGAUCUUCGCCGCCUAUGCCACCACAGCCAGCGCCAGCACCUCUCUGAUCAUGCAGCUGCUGAAGCAUCCAGUGGUGCUGGAGAAGCUUCGCGAAGAGCUGAGGAACACGGGCCUCCUGCACAAUGGCUGCCUCUGCGAGGGGGCGCUUCAGCUGGAGACCGUCCACAGCCUCCACUACCUGGACUGUGUCAUCAAGGAGGUGCUCCGGCUUUUCACCCCCAUUUCGGGGGGAUACCGGACGGUGCUGCAGACCUUUGAGCUGGAUGGCUUCCAAAUCCCCAAAGGAUGGAGCAUCAUGUACAGCAUCCGAGACACGCACGACACGGCUCCCGUCUUCAAAGAUGUGGACGCGUUUGACCCCGACCGCUUUGGGCGGGACCGCAGCGAAGACAAAGACGGCCGGUUCCACUACCUGCCCUUCGGCGGAGGGGUACGGACCUGUCUCGGCAAACACCUGGCCAAGCUCUUCCUCAAGGUGCUCGCCAUUGAGUUGGCCAGCACGAGCCGUUUUGAACUGGCCACCAGGACUUUCCCCCAGGUGACUCUGGUGCCCGUGGUCCACCCGGUCGACGGACUGAAGGUCAAAUUUUUUGGACUCGACUCAAAUCAGAACGAAAUCUUGACAGAGAGAGAGGCCAUGCUGGGGGCCACCGUGUAGGCCAAAGGCUUCUCUUGGCUGGCCAGGUUGAAGAGACCCGAACGGCGGGUGGAGAGGGAACAGCUCAACCCACCCCGGAUGACGGAGAAGGGCCAACCUUGGUGGACACAUCCGGCAAAGCCUUCUCUAGGGAAUAUGCCAAAAACUGCAGGGGUGUUUUACUGGUGUGUGUGUGUGUGUGUGUGUGUGUGUGUGUGUGUGUGUGUGUGUGUGUGCAGCCCGUUUCUCCCAGAUGGCUUCUGUAUGGUUUUGUUUGGAUACCCGCGAGAAGUGAAUUGUGUUGACCGUACUCGGCGUAUGGAUGUGUGUAUGUACACUUACUUUCCAGAGUGAAUCCGGCAAUGUCAUCCCACACAAGUCAGGAACUCUUUCUGUCUUUGCUGUCCCAAAUGGCCAACGGAGGGGGCUUGGGGUGGGAGGACCCCCCCUCCCUGCAGCCAGGACAGGGAUAACAACCGCAGCAGGAAGAGGGCCCACAUUUUUGGCAGGGCCAAAGAGGCAGCCAGGGGUCACCGGGCAAAGCUUUGAGAUGGGCCCUGGAGUCUGCCCAGCCGGCGUAGUUUCUCGUCCUUCUGAAGCUGCCCAAAAGUUGGAAAAAGGAAGGCUGGAGAAUUAGGCUGAGGGUCCUGAGCUUCCCAGCCUGAGAAAGCUCUUGGGGGGGGGUCUUCUCAGUGGCCCCCAGUUCCAGAGCCAGCCCCAUCUUCCGGAGGAGACCAUGCCUGGACCAUGAUCCGAGAAGGUCAUUUGAGGCCGUCAGUUGCUGCUUUCUUGCUUUCCUUGUGUCCCUGCAAGCCCCCCUCCCUCCCUCCCCCCCCAGUGCCCUCUGAGCCAGGCCUCGGGUUUCCUUGCCAGAGAGAACUGAGAGCAUCUUGGGGUCUUCUCCAUCUGAAGGCCGGAAGCUGUUCCUUUGCCACAGGUGGCUCCAGAAGAUACGUGACGAGGGCAUUUUAUGUCUAGCCAGCUCUGUCUCGGAGUAAGUCCUUGGCAGUCUCUGAGCUGGGUUGCUUUCUUGCAGACGUUUCACUACCAAACUAGGUAACAGCAUCAGUGCUGGAAGGGAGCACUCAUGAGCAAACCCCACCCUUUAAUAGGACUGAUGCUGUUUCCUAGUUUGGGUCAUGAAACGUCUGCAAGAAAACAGCCAAGUUCAGAGAGCACCAAGUACCCCAUAGUUCUCGUCGUCCUCCUCCUCCUCCUCCUCUCUGCAAACUUCACUCCCUUCUAGCA